GUGUAGCAGGCAACCCAUGAAAACCCCCCAGAAUAUGUAAGGCUGCAGUAAGCUGUGACAAUGUACCCCCGGCUGGUCUGCAUCAAUGAUUAUGAGCGACAUGCCAAAUCAGUGCUUCAAAAGUCAGUAUAUGAUUAUUACAGGUCUGGAGCAAAUGACCAGGAGACCUUGGCUGAUAACAUUGCAGCGUUUUCCAGAUGGAGGUUGUAUCCACGGAUGCUCCGGAAUGUUGCUGAUAUAGACCUGUCGACUUCUGUUUUAGGACAGAAAGUCAGCAUGCCAAUAUGUGUGGGGGCUACAGCCAUGCAGUGCAUGGCUCAUGUGGAUGGGGAGCUGGCUACUGUGCGAGCCUGCCAGACCGUGGGAACUGGCAUGAUGCUCAGUUCCUGGGCCACGUCCUCGAUUGAAGAAGUGGCAGAGGCUGGUCCUGAGGCGCUUCGUUGGCUGCAACUGUACAUCUACAAGGACCGUGAGGUCAGCAAGCAGCUAGUGAAGCGAGCUGAGCAGAUGGGCUACAAGGCCAUAUUUGUGACUGUGGAUACCCCUUAUCUUGGUAACCGCUUCGAUGAUGUGCGAAACAGAUUCAAGCUGCCACCACAACUCAGAAUGAAAAACUUUGAAACCAACGAUUUGGCAUUUUCUCCGAAGGGGAAUUUUGGAGACAACAGUGGCCUUGCUGAGUAUGUGGCACAAGCCAUAGACCCGUCUCUUAGCUGGGAUGAUAUCAAAUGGCUCAGGCAACUGACGUCACUGCCUAUUGUUGCAAAGGGCAUUUUGAGAGGUGACGAUGCAAGGGAGGCCGUUAAACAUGGUGUGGAUGGUAUCCUGGUGUCCAACCACGGGGCUCGACAACUGGAUGGGGUGCCAGCCACUAUUGAUGCCCUGCCGGAAAUUGUGGAGGCUGUGGAAGGGAAGCUAGAAGUCUUCCUGGAUGGGGGAGUACGGAAAGGCACUGAUGUUCUUAAAGCUCUGGCCCUGGGUGCCAAGGCUGUAUUUGUGGGGAGACCCAUAAUCUGGGGGUUGGCUUUCCAGGGGGAGAAAGGUGUUCAAGAUGUCUUAGAGAUUCUGAAGGAAGAGUUCCGGCUGGCCAUGGCUCUGAGUGGGUGCCAGACUGUGAAAGUCAUCGACAAGACAUUGGUGAGGAAAAAUCCUUUGGCUGUUUCCAAGAUCUGACAGUGCACAAUAUUUUCCCAUCUGUAUUAUUUUUUUCAGCGUGUAUUACUUGACAAAGAGACACUGUGCAGAGGGUGACCACAGUCUGUAACUCCCCACUUCAAUACAAAGGGUGUCGUUCUUCUCCAACAAAAUAGAGAUCCCUUUCGUUCAUUGCUUUUGACUUUUCAAUGGGUGUCCUAGGAACCUUUUAGAAAGAAAUGGACUUGUAUCCUGGAAAUAUAUUAACUGUUAAAAAGAAAACAUUGAAAAUGUGUUUAGACAACGUCAUCCCCUGGUGGGCUAAAGUGCUGGGAAACAAAAGAUAUCCUCUGGUAAAGUUGGACAUAGAGAGCUGAGGUAAAAGAUAAUGACCUCACUGUUUAUUAACCUGUGUUGUGGUAAGAUAUCCUUAAGAUAGAGGUUCUUAUACUGUAAGCUCAGCUUGGAAAUACUGAAAUGCCCAGCGAAACAUGAGAUGCCAUGCUGAGAAAGCACGGGUAAAACUGGAAUGGAUGGUGCUAAUCUGUGAUUUUCUAGAAACGUCAUUUUUAAUACCUUGUUUCUUUGAACAUAAAUUUACAGCCAUAUAGUUAAUGUGUGAAUACAGAUGAAUGCUUUGUAGUAUACAUUGCCUCUUAAUCAGAAAUAAAUAAGGCCUUUUGAAAAGGAUCUAUCUAGUCCACUCAGGACAAUGUGGAAGUGCUUUAAUUUUGGAACUCAAAGCAUAGUUCUUGUUACGUACAUGUCGCUGAUUUCCUGAUUCCACCUAGACCCUUUCUUUAGUCUUUCCUUCUCAUUCAUAGUCAGACUCAGGGUCAAGUAUAUAUUUUGUGAAGCCAUGGCCUAUGAAAAUUCGGGUUUCUUGUUCAGAAAGAAGGCACAAACUCCAUUUCCUUAUCCCAUAGUCUUUUUCUUAAUUUGAUGUGUUAUCUUUUGUUUUUUUCUGCUUAAAGCCAUACUUCCUUGGAUACGGGGAAUUGGGGGCACUGCACCAGGGCAAGUGGAGACCUUUGGGGUGAUUUUGGUGCCACCCUGGGCCUUGCUUUGGCCCUUUUUGUGCUCAUGCACAUGACCUGGCCAUGGUGGAGAACAGCCAUUAGUGAGCAGAGCAGCUGAGCCAGCAGCCGGGAACCCAUUCCUGUGGCGUGGAAGUGUGGCAGAAGGGACAGCGUGUCAUCCUGGACUCCCAGCCCUCAGCAUAUGCUCCACUUGACCCACCGAACUUCACUGGUCAGACAUAAAUUUAAAAGAAAAAUUUUUAGUGUUUUUAAGUCAGCUGUCACAGAGUAUCAGACCCCAAACAGAAUUCCUUCUGAGUAUGGAACCUGGCGACUGUAAAGAUGCCAGUCCUUGGCCUGUUAGUUUAAUUCCCAAAGAGUUUUGACAAGUGGGAAGUAUACUUUGUAUCCAAAGCAAUUUUAAACAUCUUCCAUAUUGAAGAAUUGAACAAAGCCAUUUAGAGAUUCACCAUCUUAAAAGAUGAUUAUUAUAUUGCUGUAUUACUACACUUUAUUAGUCUGUGGUCUCCUCCAUUCAGCCUUGAAGACCUAAAGCUUUGCUAAAUAUUAACAUAGACAUAAACAUAGAUUGUCUUUCUGAAAUUCUUUCUGUUUGAUUAAAAUAAAUAAUCACUUACUCUGAUAAAAGAUGAAUAGUUAGCUUUUAUCCUUUUCUCCAGAUGUGAAGAGGAAAUAUUAUCCCCAUAUUAUAUCAUGUUGUCUUUUCUAAUUAAUAUUAAUGAGAACAGAGAUAUUCCCAACUGAUGCAUAAAUGCCUUUGUUGUUAGUGUGAAUAUUCAUUUUGGCUACGCUGUUGGAUGAUGUUGCCUUGGAAUGUUAACAUCUUGGGAAAUGAAGCUCCACAAAGCGGGUUUUAUUCAAAUUACAGUGAGAAUGGGGAUAACUCGC